AAAUACGGUCGAGUCCGACGCACGUCGGGUGGAGGGGGAGAUCGGACGGCGACGGCAUAUCCAUAUUCAGCUCGACGAAAAUCUGGAUUGACCACUGCGAUCUGUCGAACUGCACGGAUGGGCUGAUCGACGUGAUAAUGGGGUCCACCGCGAUCACCAUCUCCAAUAGCUACUUUACCCACCACGACGAGGUCAUGCUGCUGGGUCACGUUGAUGGGAACGUGCCCGACUCCGGAAUGCAGGUGACAAUAGCGUUCAAUCACUUUGGGGAAGGAUGCGUGCAAAGAAUGCCGAGGUGCCGAAGAGGAUACAUUCACGUGGUCAACAAUGACUACACCGAGUGGCAAAUGUAUGCCAUCGGCGGUAGCGAUCACCCCACCAUCAACAGCCAAGGCAACCGCUAUGUUGCACCCCUUGACGUCAACGCAAAAGAGGUGACAAAGCGGGUUGAGACAGACGAAACGGAGUGGCAAAAAUGGGAUUGGAGAACGGAGGGGGACAUGUUGGUCAACGGAGCUUUCUUCGUUCCCUCCGGCGACGGUCUCAGCAACGAGUACACCAAGGCCUCCAGUUUCGACCCUCACUCCGUCCUUUUCAUCGGCCAACUCACCGGUAACGCCGGCGUCCUCCCUGCACCUCCCACCAGCCGGACAACCAUUGGCGGAAAUAGUAACGGCAGUGGUCGAACAACAACGGGUGCUAACGGAAAUGGCUACGUGAGGCCCACCACCAAUAUUGAUCACCCAAUCGGAUGGUUCGAUUAUAACGGGGCUCCACGUGUCACAUCUCCUCCUCCUAUUGCAACCACCAUUUUCUUCUUCCCUCUUCUACUUAUUUUAUACAAUUUGUAGUAAUCAUCCACCAGUGUUUUAUGGAUUGUUACCAUAAAAUUUAAGAAAAGAAAAUGAAAUUUUGUCCGGAAUGGGACUCACCUUUUUGUACAUAUUUAGUAUAAUGCCCAGCUUGCAUUCACACAUGUAAUAUUAAUUUACAAUUAUACUUGUAAUUGUUAUUUUUUUGUUCUAUAAAUAAAUAGAUUACAGCUACUGCAUUAUAAAUGUGAAUAUCGAAAAAUAAAUAGAUUACAGCUCA